UAGCUGGAUGAAUUUACAGUCCGUCCGGAGAAAGCGUGUCUAAGUUUGCCUUAGGCGUCUCUCGCUUUCGCGUAACUAUGUUUUGACCGUCCUCCUCGCGAGCUAUAAAAGACAUGGAGCCUCACUAGAGCAACACAGUCUCGAGUCACAAACUCGCCACAACACCUCAACCAGCCCACGAUAUAAUCUAGACGAACGCAGCCGCCAUGUUCACCAAGAUCGCAGUCCUGAGUUGCGUGCUCGCGAUCGCCAGAGCCGGAGCCAUUGGAGUCGCGACUUACGCCGCCCCGGCUUACACCAGCUACUCGGCACCGGCCUACACCAGCUACUCGGCACCGGCCCUCACCGCCACCUCCGAGAACGUCUACCGCAGCCCCGGCAACCUCCAGUCCAUCUCGACUCAAAGUAAAAGCAUCGCCACCCCCUUCUCCAGCAGCAACAAACACGAUGUCCGUAUUACGAACGCCGGUGUCUACGAUCACAUUGCCCCGGUGGCCUACGCUCCAGCUCAUCAUCUCGCCCACACAGCCCCCCUCGCCUACUCCGCCCCCGCGGUGGCCAACGCUAUAGCCCCACAAUUCGCCCACGCCGCCCCCCUCGCCUACUCCGCACCCGCAGUGGCCCAUGCCGCCCCGGCAGUCGCUCACGGGAGCAGCCUCCUCGGAGUUGCCUACUCCCCGGCUGUCGCCGUCUCUCACAUGACCUACUCGAGUCCCGUCGGCAUCAACUACUCCUGGUGAACACCCUGACGUAAAGGCGGCCGAUUUGAGCUUCUAUUCACUAAACUGCUUUACAAUGUAUAUUUAUUUAUUAAUAAAUGUAGAUAUAUAAAUUUUUUUUUAAAGAAAUUUGAGCCUCUUUUAUCUUUCACCUUUGCAAAUUAAAUAAACAGUAGAAUUAGCUUUACGCAUUUCAAUUAUGCACAAUAGCCAAUUCCUUGUUAAUAGCUAUCUCCUUUACCAUUAUUUAGUCCAUUUAUUCCUGUGCAACAAUCAUUUACGUAA